AUGGCUGCAGCGGAGCUGGUGACCUUUGAGGAGGUGGCUGUGUAUUUCACUGAGGAAGAAUGGGCUCUGCUGAACCCAGGUCAGAGAGCCCUCUACAGGGCCAUCAUGCAGGAGAACUAUGAGACCGUGACCUCACUGGGAUUUGCAGUUCCCAAACCUGCUGUGAUCUCCUGGCUGGAGCAAGGGGAAGAACCGUGUUUCCCGAAUCUGCAGGGCACUGAGGAAAGUGAGAUCUCCAGGGGCUCAGAAGGCCAUCGGACGGUGAGUGAGACCGAGGAGGGGAACCCUCAGCAGGAAGGUCCAGAGCAAGUGGAAUCGCUUGGGUCGGUAUUGGCAAAAUCUGAAGGGGAUGUUUCCCAUGAGAAACCCUACAACUGCCCCGAGUACGGGCAGAGCUUCAGCCACAGCUCGAAUUUCCUGAGGCACCAGAGAACCCACACAGGGGAGAAGCCCUUUCAGUGUGAGGACUGUGGGAAAAGCUUCAGCCUGAGGUCAAAUCUGAUCACCCAUCAGAGACUGCACCUGGGGGAAAGACCCUACCAGUGCCCGGAGUGUGGGCGCUGCUUCAGCCAGAGCUCGCAUCUCAUCACGCACCAGCGUCUGCACACGGGAGAACGGCCCUACCGGUGCCGGGACUGUGGGAAGAGCUUCAAUGUGAACUCAGACCUGAUUAAACACCAGCGAACGCACACGGGCGAGAGGCCCUACCCCUGCACUGAGUGUGGGCGGCGAUUCAGCAGCAGUUCCAACCUCACGAGGCACCAGCGGCUGCACACGGGUGAGAGACCCUAUCGGUGCGAGGCCUGUGGGGAAAGCUUCCGGGACUGCUCAUCCCUCACGAUCCACCAGAGGGCACACACAGGAGAGAGGCCCUAUGUCUGCCCCGACUGCGGGAAAGGCUUCACUGACAGCUCCCUCCUCAUCAAGCAUCAGAGGACGCACCAGACAGAGAAGUGCUUUAACUGCCCUGACUGCGGGAAAAGCUUCUCCACCAGCACGUACCUGGCCAGGCACCAGAGAACCCACCUGGCCGAGAAGCCCUAUCGGUGCGACGAGUGUGGCAGGGGAUACAGCCAGUUCGCUCACCUCACCACCCACCAGAGAGUGCACACAGGAGAGAGGCCCUACAUCUGCCCUGACUGCGGGAAAAGCUUCACCACCAGCUCUGCCCUGACCAAGCACAAGAGAAUCCACACAGGAGAGAGACCCUACGUCUGCCCCGACUGUGGGAAAAGCUUCACUCAGAGCUCAAACGUUAUCACCCACUGGAGACUCCAGCACGGGAAAUCCCUGUGA